UACAGAGCUCCUCAUCCUCAACAACAUGGCGCCAGCGUACAGCUGGAUCGCGCACACAGACGCCCGGAGACUUCCUCACCAAGUUAGUUAACUAACCAAACGCAGCGUCGCGAAGACUUUUUUGCUUUUCUUUUUACUUUUCUUGUUAUAUAGUUCGCGUUUUCCCUUCGGCAAGCAAAUAUCAUCAGGUUUUGGCCAGCAAAACUCACCUGUUUAACAGAAAGAACAGCGCGUACUACUGGACUCGCUGCUGCUGUAUUCCUCCAAGUUAACGGAAAGCAAGGACUGAGAUUACGUAGACGGGGAAAGAGUUUUUCCAGAAAAAUAAAGCCAUGUAACGGUGCUCGAAAGUGUUUUCAUCAGAAGACAUGCUUUUAAACAUGAGUGAAAAUAACUGUCCGUUUGAAGAAAGGGAUAGAGACAGACUUCCUCCAAUAAUAAAUCACAGCUUGGAUCGUGGACCGAAGCUUCACUUCCCCUCAUACGGAAGCUUCAUUUCCACCCUGAAUCACAAAAGAGAAUCUGGCAGCCACAGUCUCUCAUCGCCUCUACUGCUGCCUGCAGUUAAACAAGUGAGAGAGCUUCCCCCAAUAUGUCCAGAUGUGAGACAGAAGCAUCGUAUCUCUAUUGAUGUUCUGCCUCCGGAGGUGAAAGCGCGUUUCAUCUCAGAACCCAUUAUUCCCAUACGGACCAAAACCGGCAGAGAGUUCCAGGAGGAUCUUGAAAGAGCAACUAUCUCAGGGGAUUGGAAACAAGUCCAUGAUUUCUACUUGAUCACAUUUGACUCCUUUUUGGAACUCAAUGCUGCCUUUAAGAAAGAAGCAAAUGCGCCCUUCAACACCAUAGAAGACUCAGGAAUAAACAUCAAAUUUGUCAAUAUUGUUUAUGAUGCCUUACUCUAUACGCCUGCGGACACACAAAAAUCAGUUCUGAAGGGAAUCAUUAAUAGCUUAUUAAGAGAAUGGAAAGGGCCUCGCACAAAAGACGACCUUAGAGCGUAUUUCGUUCUUGUGCAGAACCCUCAGUACACCAGUCCAGCCACAUAUGUCAUCUAUGCACACUUACUGAGGCAAAUAGCAGCUCUGGCUGAAGCAGACCACCAUUUCCUGAUGCACUGGUUUAAAAAGCUUCCUCAGAAGCGUUUCAAACAGCUGGUGGAGCGUUUGCAGCUCUUCAUCACCACCCGCCUAUUUCCUGCCAAGCCAGAGGAGUUGCCGCCCAUGGCCAAAUGCUCCUGGUGGAUUCCCUCAGCCACUAAAGUCCUCUCCCUGCUCAAUGCGGCAAACAGCAUUUCCAGUCCUCCCAUCGUCCCUUUUUCUGAUUUCUACAACCUAACGCUGGAUCACAUCGACUUUAUGGAGGAUUACCACACGUGGCAGGCUCAUGGAAAUUCAAACAGAUUCACCUUCUGUCAGUUCCCAUUCAUCCUGUCCACGGUUGUGAAGAAAGCCAUCAUCCAGAGAGACUCUGAGCAGCAGAUGAUCAGCAUGGCAAGGCAAACCUUGGUGGACAAGGUCUCUCGCAGGCAGAGGGUGGAUAUGAGUCUGCUGUUUCUCAACAUUAAAGUUAGACGUCUGCAGCUGGUCAGUGACUCACUCGAUGAGCUUUCGAGAAAGCGAGCAGAUCUGAAGAAAAAACUGAAAGUGACUUUCGUUGGGGAAGCGGGGCUGGACAUGGGUGGACUUACAAAAGAGUGGUUUCUUCUCCUGAUUCGACAGAUUUUUCACACAGACUACGGCAUGUUCACUUAUGUUAAAGAGUCACAGUGUCAUUGGUUCAGCAGCUGGAAAUGUGACAACUACUCUGAGUUCCGAUUGGUUGGAGCCCUCAUGGGCUUGGCUGUGUACAACAGCAUCACACUGGACAUCCGCUUCCCUCCCUGCGUCUAUAAGAAGCUGCUGACCCCGCCGAUUGUACCGUGUGACCUCGACACUCCCGUUGGCAUGGCGACUCUCACCCUGGAAGACCUUCAGCAGGUUAUGCCCGAUCUUGCCCAUGGUCUUGGGGAACUCCUCAGUUAUGAAGGAAAUGUUGAGGAGGACUUCUAUACCACUUUUCAGGUUUUUCAGGAAGAACUUGGUGUGGUCAAGUCAUAUAACCUGAAACCAGGAGGAGACAAGAUUCCUGUAACCAACUUAAACCGAAAAGAAUACGUCCAGCUCUAUGUUGACUUCCUGCUGAAUAAGUCCAUCUACAGACAGUUUGCUGCUUUUUAUAAUGGUUUUCAUAGUGUAUGCGCCUCCAAUGCCCUCAUGCUCUUGAGGCCAGAAGAGGUUGAGAUCCUAGUUUGUGGAAGUCCUAAUCUGGACAUGAGCUCUCUGCAGCGAGUGGUGCAGUACGAGGGCUACAGCAAGACCGAUCCCACCAUCCGGGCCUUCUGGGACGUAGUCCUGGCUUUUCCUUCAGAGCUGCAGAAGAAACUCCUCCACUUCACCACAGGAAGUGACCGCGUUCCUGUGGGAGGAAUGGCAGACCUCAACUUUAAGAUCUCUAAGAUUGAUGUCUCCACCGACUGGCUGCCGGUGUCGCACACGUGUUUCAACCAGAUCUGUCUACCUCCGUACAAGAGCAAAAAAGAACUACGGCAAAAGUUAACAAUUGCCAUUUCAAAUGCAGAAGGCUUUGGAUUGGAGUAGAUGUACAGUGGUGUUGGUAGAUAUAAGGACAAAAUGCAAUGCCGGUUGUAAUAUUUGUUUCUUUAAAACAUAUCAGGUAAGCAUGAGGAUCACGCGCACAGGAGAAGAAAUGUAAGCUCUAGAUGUAAAAUUUCAGCAGUAGCCAAUCGAAACGGUUGUGUUGUUUUGUGUGUACAGUGUAUUUGUUGUGAACCAGGUUUCCAAUGAGGAAUCCAGUAAAGCUGUUUGUCUUUCGUCAAUAUUUGGACUCAUAGUCAACUGCUUCGGGUGAAAGACCAAACAUUUUGUGUUACAUUACAAUCUGGAUACCAUAAAUAAUAUAAUGUAAACCUGUUCAGGAAUUUAGUCAAAUAACAGAUUUAAAGAUCAGAUGUAGGGCAUGCGAUGUCUCUCUAAUGCAAGUAUGGGCCUCUGUCCUAUGCUCCCCUAUUUAUAUGGCUGAAAGUAGGUCACAGGUCUCAUCUAAAAUAUCCUGACAAAUAGUCUGUUAAACCCUCCCUGAAUUCUUAAAGGGACAGUGCUCUUUCCCAAGCGACAGUUUCCCAAGCGACAAGAGCCCAGAGAUAAUAAAAGCAUCAGUGUGACAUGUUACCUAACACAAGCAUUCCCUCCGGAGGUGUUAUAAUGUCACCAUUAAUAAAUCCGAUUUUAUAGAUGUCUGUGUCGGACCUCAAACGUUGCAGUUGAGUAUAGUUUAGUAAUUGUUGACAACGCUUUCCUAACCCAUGAAAGGAAUAGUGGUAAAGUGAGUGAGUGUUUUUAUGACUGUUGACUAGCCAUAACAAGAACAAACCAUUUGUAUUUUUUAUGUUAAUAGUGAUUCAUCACAUAGAGAUGUGUUGUGUUGUGCAGCAGUAUUCAACAAGAAAACUUUAUUUAUUUAUUUUACGACUGAUGCUUCGCUUUGUCGUCAGUAUUUCAUAUUUUGUUCAGGAAGAAAUUGGUGAGGUUAAAUGCACCCGCAGUACAGUAUGCUAGUAGUUGUACUAGGGUGUACAUUAGUCACAUUAUCAGUGUAUCCAGUGCCCUGUUGUAUAAACUGUUAAGACUAGUCUUACAAGUUAGUCUUCUGACUAAUUUCUUCUUGGUCAUAACUUUUUAGUUAGUUACAUUAAACGGUAGAUUGUUCUUAUUUGAAUCCGAAAAGUAAAACUGCUAUCUUCUAUGUCAGGGAUGGACAUUCCUGGUCCUGGAGGGCCACUGUCCUGCAAAGUUUAUCUUUAACCCUUAUCAAACACACCUGAAUGCCAUUUCCAAGGCUGCAUCCGAAAUCUAUAAAAUGCUGCCUUUGGAGGCAAAAUUCCAAGGCAGGAAGGCAUCAAGGCACAUCCGAAUCCAGUGUUUGCUUAACUUCCUGUUUUUCCUGUUUUUCCCACAAUUUUAUAUGUGUGUGUGCAUGGGGAAUGUGGUUGGUCGAGCCUGGCUGAGUUCAAAAAAGUAAAAUGGUGGCCAGAAGCGGCUGGAUCUAAAAAAAUUGUUAAAUUUUCACUUUUUUUACACUUUUUGAUCGCAUUUCUAGUGAGAAAUUAGAAUUGCCGUUUUCAAAUAUGGUAUUAAUUAUCACAAAGACGCUCUCUGUUUAUUAUUUCAAACUGAAUUUCAUGGAGGUUGUCCAAAUUCUUUCCCCAGGCCUUCGUGCCUCCAAGUCAUUGUUUUAUGAGGCAGCGAUGCGACAAGUCAGCUGCCUUGGGUUUUGGAUGCAGCCUUUGAUUAGAUUUUUCAGGUGUGUUUGAUUAGGGUUCGAGCUAAACUUUGCAGGACAGUGGCCCUCCAGAACCAGGAAUGCCCACCUCUGCUCUGUGUUGCAAUUGGCUUGUGGCUUGGAUCAUGUAAUUGGAUACUCUUGUUGUCAAAUGUCUCAUAUUUCUGGCAUAUCAUGUCAUCAGAUUUUCAUUGGACUCAUACAGUGGCCUUAUUGGUAUAUAAUCUGUCAACCUGAAUCACUUUAGUGUUCAUGUUAUGGCUUUUGUUUCCUAAUGACUGAAUACAAUUGUAUUUACCAUGUAUUUAUUUCAACUUUGCUCAUUUUGUAAUGAAUAAAGUUUGCAGCAAGUA